UGUACGUCCUAAUGCAGCGCAGUGACUGAGCUUAUUGCAUGAGCGCUGUGGUCAAACUAAGCGCGGCACAUAAUAAAGUGAAUGGCAUGAUCUAAGCGCAUUGCGCUGUAAGGAAAGCAGCUUCUGUAUUAAUACCGAUAAGAAACACUGAUCUCACUGCGAAGAUCACAAGAUAUAUAGUCAAGAUGACCAAUAAAAGAAAAAGGCAGGAGGAUUUCCAGAAAGUGAAGCUGAAAGUUGGUAAGAAGAAGCCCAGAGCGGACAAUGCCACUAAUACCAACUUCAGGACAAGGGCUAUACACCUGAGCGAGCAGCUAAAGGAGGACCCUACACUGCCCACAAACAAGAGGAAACUCAACAUCACGGACCUUCUGUCACAAAUGCAUCACUACAAUGCAGGUGUUAAGCAAAGUGCCCUGGUUGGUCUUCAAGAACUCUUGUCUACUCAUCCUUCAGUUAUUGACACACACAUCUCCAGUAUAAUGAGUGAAGUGGCUGCUGUAUUUACAGACAAAGAUCCAACUGUAAGACUGGCUGCUGUUCGUCUUCUCCAGUCUUUGGCUCCCAUGAUCCCGCAUGACAAAAUUGCCCCCUUCUUCCCUCUUGUAAGUGCCCACCUCUCCAGUGCUAUGACUCAUAUUAUAGAAGGGAUACAAGAAGACUCAUUAAAUAUCUUGGACGUCUUGUUAGAAGAGUACCCAGAUCUGCUUACUGACCGAAGCAGCAUGUUGUUAAACAAUUUCUUAGAACUCAUUUCCCAUCAGAAAAACUCCAAAGAAGGGAAGAGUGGAGAUAAACCAUCUGCAUGGACUCUGUCUAUAAAUCCCAACAGAAAGGUUACAUCACAAAAGUGGAGAUUAAAUGUUCUGGCCCGAUUGAAAAAGUUUCUCCAAGCCCUUGUAAAACAGGCAGCGAAUAAGUUACCUGAUGGGGAAGAGGUUUCGGAAAACACAGAAAGUGGUAUGUCCUGUAGGAGACCCGUAGAUAUCACGUGGACAGAACAUGCAAGUGGUCAGCAACCUGUUCAACUAUAUGAUACUGCUGGAAUCCAACAAAAUAUGCAUUCGUCAUUCAGAUUAAGGGCUUUAGUGGGAGUAACAAGCAGUAGUGAUGAAGGUCUGUCUUCAGCCAACAAUCUGAAAGUUUUCAUUAAGGCAAUAGUCCCGUUGCUGAUCGAAUGCUGGGUAGAGGCUGCUCCUUCUGCAGACUCAGAUGAUGCUUCUGGAAAUAUACUUGAACCAGCAACACAUCAUCUAUUGCAGCAGGUGCUGAGCAUCAUUUCUCUUCUGUGGAAACUCAGCGAAUAUCAAGAUGAAUCACAGAAAAUUGAUGGAUGGCUCCGGAAAAGUUACCUUAAAGAUUUCAAGCAUCAUUUCAUGAGCAAUUUCCCAUACUCCUUACUUGAUACAGUCAAACAGAAGAAAAAAACAAAGAAAUGUAUCAAAGAUGGCUUAAUUUUACAUAAUGGCCUGGAUCAUCUUCUAUUAAAUUUAACAUUGUGUGACAUCAUGGUGUUCAUGGCUAAUGCCUCAACUCUACAAGAGGAUUCUGGGUGGUUAGCAAUGAUCAGGAAGUUUGUGACAGAGAAACUGAGCCAUGGAUGGAAACUAAACUCCAAGCAGCUAUCAAGGUUACUGGGUGUAACCAGCAGGCUUUUAAGUAUACAAAAAAACAAAGUGGCUACAGAGAAACUAAUACAAGCCGUGUUUAUGAUGUACCAGCAAAGGGACCUGCAAUUUUCUGUUCGUUCCACGCUUCUGUCAUUUUUUAAUAAAGUUUACUUAAAAGAAGAAGAUGCCUGUCUCAACCUUGGGAGAAGUAGAAGUAAAGUUUUGUCUCGUUGGCUCGCUAAUCUGCCUCUGCAGCUUGCUCACCUAGGCUCUAGGAACCCUCAGCUUUCUGCCCUUAUGAUUGAUACCAUAUAUACAGCUGCAGCUCGAUCGAACAAAGAAUUACUAGAAAGCCUUCAAGCGACUGCAUGUCAAAUUUAUGAUCCACAAGAUGGCGUUCUUGUGCUUCUGCCGACUGAGUCACAACAGCGAUUAGUGCAGCUUUUAUACUUUUUGCCAUUUAUAUCAUCUGAUUUACUUGUUCGUCUGAAUCGAUGCUGCAUUAACGACAGCCUCUCAUCUAAUCUUGCUGCCAUGCUCAUUGGGAUAUUGCAUGCAAGGUCUCCGUUUGCGAGUUGGACAACUGAGGUGCGAGACAGUACUAUGAACGAUGUCGACUAUUUCAGUUUUUUGUUCUCUACCCUUAUAGGUUUCUCUGCUGAAAAGUUGGUGUGGAUGCAGAACAAUAAAGGAAAUCUUCGUAUUAGCAAAACCCGAGUUUCACGUAUCUGCCUUUAUUUAACUGAACAGUCACAGUUCACUCAUCAUUGGACAACUACAAAGGCAGUGUGCCACAGUUUGUCUUCAGUACGAGCAAGGAGCCAGUGCUUUGAUAUCCUCCAGAAUGCUGUUGCAAAAUAUUUGGCCAGAUUGGUUAUAAUACCGGAUAGCGCCGCUGGGUCUGUUUUAUACGCCAUCAGUGUUCUUUUCGACCAAAGCUGCAUUCUUAAUGAGAGUCUAUACAAAUUAUUGGCUUCUGUAUGCUACAGUGUCUUCAAUUUCCUGCUCACUAUAGACAAAGAGGAUACUGAUCAUGUUCAAAAAAGGGACACACUUUGGGGAGCGUGUAUUUCUUUGUUAUCGAUGCUUCCGAAUGUGCUGAAACUGAUGUUGCAAAGUCUUCAGGUUAGCAGAGCCUGUCAAGAAGAGUUGCCGGUUAUCGCCCAAUUGCUUCGCCUGCUACUGCAGAACACACAGCUGAGGAGCCAUAUGAUGACAAAUGCUUUUUUGGUACAGCAAACAUUACAAGAUGUUAUGAACUUGAAGAGCUGUGAAAUUCAAGAACAAUGGCUGACAGAUCUUCAGUAUUGCUUCAAUGUAUAUCUUUCAAAGCAGCCUCAGGAUCCCUCUUCAGUUGCAUCUGUAUACUAGUGAAACUGUUUUACAAUGUAUUACUGUUCUUUAUGCUAAAAAAAAAAUUAUGUUGUGCAGCUAUACUUUGUUUUGAUACUGUUGGGGGGGGGGGAGCCAUGUGUUAAUUUGUAAUGGCAAGUUAUAUUAAAAAAAAAAAUAUCGUAAAAAGUGAAAUUAAGUAUUUUGUUUUUCAGGCUUUUAUUUCAUUGAGUUGUCAUUUUUGUUUUCUCUAAUUUUAUACGUUAGCUGCGCUCCUCCGCCACAUAGAUUGUUUUGUUAAAUCUGUUGCACAAUAAAGAAUUCUAAAUUGAUUUUUAAA